AUGAAGACGAGGGCUUCAACCCUGCUCGCGAGGGCGGCGGGCUCCCGAUCGCAUACACGACAAUACAGCGCGCAAGCUCCCGGUUCGGCAACUGUUGGCAAUCUAGUGGUUGACAGCAACACAAGGGUGAUCUUCCAGGGUUUCACAGGACGAGCGGCCACUGCCAAUGCGAAGGACACCAUCGCUUAUGGCACGAGAGUCGUGGGAGGCGUCUCACCAGGAAAGGGAGGCCAAACUCACCUGGACUUACCAGUCUUUAGUACUGUGCGAGAGGCAAUGAAGGAGGUCAGGCCCCACGCCACGGCAGUCUUCGUUCCAGCUUUGGCAGCUGGGAAAGCAAUUGAGGAGGCAAUCGAGGCUGAAGUCCCACUUGUGGUGUCUGUCGCGGAGCAUAUUCCAGUACAUGAUAUCCUGCGGGUCCAACAGAUACUCAAGACGCAAUCGAAGUCUCGUUUGGUCGGUCCCAAUUGCCCAGGCAUCAUCGCUCCUGAGCAAUGUCGAAUCGGUAUCAUGCCUUACCAGCAAUACAAGCGUGGCCGCGUCGGCAUCGCGUCGAAGAGCGGCACCCUCAGCUACGAGGCCGUUGGAGCCACAACGCGAGAAGGCCUCGGUCAGAGCAUCUCGAUUGGAGUUGGCGGGGAUCUGUUGCCAGGGACGAGCUUGAAAGACGCGCUGGAGGUCUUUUACGAGCACGAGGAGACUGAGGGGAUCAUCAUGAUCGGAGAAAUCGGCGGACAGGCUGAGUUCCAUGCUGCAGAGUCAAUAAAAGCAUAUCGUGCCAGGACACCGAAUCCGAAGCCGAUAGUAGCUAUGGUUGCAGGGAGAACAGCGCCAGAAGGCAAAGUCAUGGGCCACGCUGGUGCGCUGCUAUCUUCUGGGAACGAAGGUGCGGAAGCCAAGGCUCAAGCGCUCGCUGCGGCAGGCGCAGUGGUGGUUCCUCAUCCUGGCUUCCUUGGAACGGAAAUGAAGCGCUUGCUGGAUGAGUUGAAGAAGUAA